AUGCAACUGCCUCAGUGUCUGUGUGGUACAGAGGAGCAGGUGCUGGUAUACUUACCGUGGACACGGUAUUUCCCCAGCGCCUUGGAUGUUUAUCACAGACUUGGGGUGAGCAGUAGUGUGGGAAGGGAUGGGAUCCACAGCACCCACAGGGGAGUGAAACUACAGAGUGUGUUUAACUGUUGGCACUGUCAGGCUGCGAUGCAUGUGGUGGUGGUGGUGGGGGAGGGGAUUCUACUGGGAAAGACAAGGCCCCUGAGUGGUCCCACAGCAUGGGGGAGCCGAGAAGAAAAUUCAGAGAUACACGGACUCUGUACCUAA